ACUAGCUCCUAUUUUUAUCAUUAGUUUUAUAUGAAAUUUAUCAUGGUAUCAGAGCCAAAACCUGGAUAUUUCAAUACUUACUUUUGAGAUUUCAUUUUUUCCCUUUCCUCUCAUAUCAACGUGAUGACAAUAUCACCUCACACUCGUACCUGGAUAAUUGAUUCUGGAGCAAGUGAGCAUAUUACAUGUGAUAGUGUAAAUCUUUUCAAUAUUUCUACUCGUUCAUCCGAACCAGGAGUAAGAAUUCCUAAUGGGGAAUUAGUUCCAGUCACUGCCGUUGGUAGCUUGUACCUGUCUAAUGGGUUUUAUCUUCGUCGUGUUCUUUAUGUUACGCAGUUCCAAUGCAACUUGCUCUCCGCCAGUCGCCUCACAAAAUUACCUAGGGGUGAAAGGGUGGCAAUGGGAGCCACUCUUGAUUCUGAUUUAUGGCACCGAAGGCUGGGACAUGCCUCAAAUGAAAAAUUACAACACAUUUCAUUUCUCAAAGGUUUGCAACAGUGCAAUAGCUUUUGUGAUCCUUGCUUACGAGCUAAACAAAGUCGGCUACCAUUCCCCAAAAGUACAA